CGCCUCUGCGCAGACUCCGGACCGUCCCAGGGCGCCGCUGUUUCCCCGGAGCGGCCAUGAGCAAGCGGAACCAGGUGUCUUACGUGCGGCCCGCCGAGCCGGCCUUCCUGGCCCGCUUCAAGGAACAGGUCGGCUACCGGGAAGGGCCCACCGUAGAGACCAAGAGAAUCCAGCCUCAGCUCCCAGAUGAAGAUGGUGAUCACAGUGACAAAGAAGAUGAACAGCCCCAAGUGGUGGUUUUAAAAAAGGGAGACCUGUCAGCUGAAGAUGUCAUGAAAAUCAAAGCAGAAAUAAAGGCUGCCAAAGCAGAUGAAGAGCCAGCUUCAGCUGAUGGAAGAAUCAUGUAUCGAAAACCAGUGAAGCGUUCCCCGAAUGAAAAAUAUUCAGGUUUAACAGCAAGCUCAAAAAAGAAAAAGACAAGUGAAGAUGAAAUAAAUCAGCAGGACUCAGUUAAAAAGAACACACAAAAACAAGUAAAAAACAGUAGCCUCCUUUCUUUUGACAGUGAAGACGAAAAUUAAUGAGUAUAAACAUUUUGGACUUAGUUUUUAAAGCAUAUGGGAUUUUUAAAAAUAAUCUUUUUUUUCCUAUUAUAAAGAUAAUACAAGUGCAUUCUAGAAAAGUUAUAAAAUAC